AUGCCCAAAGGCAAGAACACGGGAAUUCGUAGGAAUUUACGAUCUUCCAGCCACCCUAGUUCCCGUGACCGUUCUCCGGCAGCAGGCUUAUCCAUCUCUGUCGAUCAGCUCCCCAUAGUCGUAGGUGGCUCGAAUCCAGAGGUACGAGAAGCAGUGAGAGCCAUGGAGGGAGAGAUUAGUGUGCUGGCCCAAAUCCUUGACAAAAUCGAAGCCUUGUCAAGUGAACUCAGUGAAGUCAAGGCUCAGACACAGCAGUUCAACGAAAGGCUCGCCCGGCAGGAAGAAGCUGUGUCCAGACCCCGACAGGUAGAAGCAGAGGUCGAAGUUCUUCAACCUCAGGAACCUUCUGCUAGUACUCGGAGGGAUGAGGAGAUAGAGGAACUACGGCGGCAGUUACAUGAAAAGGAAGAAGAACUUCAAAGGGAGAAACAGCGUAAUAGGGAGAGACGUAACUUGCAGCCUCCAGAAACGCAGCUCCGCUUCUCAGAGAACCCCGAAGACUACGUCCAGAGGCCGACUUCUGCUCGGCUUCCUCCAGAGCCACGACCACGCAGCUCCCCAGAGUAUGCUGAUCCUCGACUGCCGCAGGGAACACCGCAACUAACAGCUGCAGCACAACGUGGGUCCUUGGAUGACAGCUCUACAUCUCGAGCCCUUACUCCAGCUGUGUCCUAUGUUGUAGCUCGGGAGUCGGUUCCCCAUUUUAAAGGAGACACCUCAGCAUCCCAGCCGCUGAAAAGGAACCAGGAUGUGGAGGCCUGGAUUCGCUCCAUAGAGAACCUCGUGAAACCACCUACUGACGAGGCUUACAUCAGGCUGCACGAGCGAACUGUAGAGGCCCUGCAGAGCUUAUAA